AUGCAAUCGGUAACUAUGCUAAUGAUGCAGCUUGAUAUCGUCUUCCUGGUAAUAUUACCACUACGGUAAUUUUUUAAAAAUCAAUAAAUUCAUGGGAGAACCCUUCAGAUAUCGCUUGAUCAACACAACUCCGUAUGUGAUCAAAAUGUUGAUCCCUGGCUUUGCCUUCGGAAUUUUCUUUGCGGUUUGGGGUUGGCUACAUGUUGAUGAAGAAGUUCUCAUCUUUUGCAACCCUCCUGUUGGUGAGAAUACCGGAAAAUGAUGAAUUCAAGAUGAUAUUGUAAUUUUUUUAGCCUUGGUACCUCAUAUUAGUCAUAUUUGGAUGGCGUCCAACUUGGUGGUCAAUUCAUUCGUCCUUUGCCUUCUAGUGGUCAUAAUAGUUCUGAUGUAUACUCGCGGUGAGGUUUCAUUUCAAAUAAAAGUUGGAAAGCUUGUGUGCUCCUCGAAAGGCUUCUGGAAGCUUUCGAGCAGGCUUCUGGCAGGUCUUUUCUAUUUUUACCUUUCAAAUACUAUCUAACUUCCUUCCGAACGCCUUCCAAAGGGUUUCCCAAGACCUUCUAGCUUAAAUACACCUUCCAACCUCCUCCUGGUUACCUUCCCAGAAUUCGCCUGAUACAGCAAAUUCGAGCCAACUUGGAGCGCAAAAUGCAAAAAAAAAGUCGCGAUUUAGUAGUAUAGACUUUCUCAAGGGUUCUAUUUAUUUUCGUCUAUUUUUAAGGCUUCGAAAGUUGAAAUAUAUUGUAGAACUUUCAUUGCUCAUCAUUCGUAUGAAAACUAUGUUUCGAUGGAUAUUUUAUAGACUUUUUUUCAACUUCACGAAAAACCUGAGCAAGAAAUUGAAGUAUUUUGAGAAAAUAAUGUACAAUCGAUUUUUCAAAAAAACUCAAGAAUUUUUCUAAAAAAAGUUGAAAAUUCAAUAAAGUGUUAGAAUGAAAAACGAUAAAAUUUUCAAAACGAAGCUUUUUUUGAAAUUCCCGCCAAAAAUCUCUUCAAGAGAGCUACAUAGUACUACAAGAAAUGGUCAUGGAUUUUGAAAAUCACAUAAAAAUUCCAGGAAAACAGCAAGGAGACAAAUGUCGCUCGGACACUCAACAAAUAGUUCUCCGCUUAAAAGUUAUUUCCGCGAUUUUCGUGUUCUCCUGGUAUUCUGCAACCUUGGGGCACACAAUUAUCAACAGCCUAUUUGAUGAGGGCACGCUUUCGACUGUUUUGAGCAGCAAUAUGGUUUGAUCAAGACAAUUUCAAAAAAUUCUGAGAAUUUUCAGAUUUUCUUCGCUCUAAUCAUCUUCUCCCAAUCCUUCUAUGUCAUCCUUUGGAGGUCGAGAGAGUACCGAAAAGCCUUUUUUUCGAUGUAUUCCGAGAAUUUUCUUCUCCGUCGGCUCAGUUCAAUCGGCGCUACCGUCAGCAGCAGUGUCCCCGCACAUAAUUCUCAAGUUCACAGUUGAAGAUUGUAUGAAUAAAUAUUAUUAAUAUGGAAGUCUACAAACAGAGAAUUAUGACAGGAAUCAAGAUUUGCAAUUUUGAAAUUAUGAAACGUCGUGAUCUCAACAGGAAUGGUUCAAAGCUUGAUUUAAAAACUUGUUUUUACGCUCUCUGAGCCCAAAAAGCGCGACUCGCUUUGGGUCGGUUGCAUCUCGAAAAACUAAAUAGGCAGAAGUUUCGCGUGAAACCGAUCAAGUGUUCGCGAAAAAUCGAAGUUUAAUCGUUACUUAACUUGAAUUUCUAUGGUCGCAAUUGGAAUGGCUAAAUAAGAGCAAAAAAAGUGAACUCUCAUACUAUUCCAUGUUUCAGCGCGCAAGUCGUUUUUAGUCGGGAGCCAAAACGCCCAAAACGUUGCGAUUUUUUCUCAAGAAUCUUGGAUUCUCAAAACGCCGCGUCCGCACAUGGAAUGGCUCAAAGCUUCACGGUAAUGUUUCACAUACUAUUUGAUGUCCCUGAGCGCAAACCGAUCUGAGUCGGUUGCACUUCAAAAAUAAGCUUGACCCACAUUCUCCAUGCGUGGGCUUUACCGUACUUCAGAAUGAGGAAAUUUCAAAUUUCUCAGUAUUAAAAUUUUUUGUAGUCAAUAUUUACCGGUUCCGAUUCGGGGAAACUUUCUCCUUUUAUUUUUCCCUUCUUCACGUCAAAUUUACAAAUUUUCGAAUUACGUAAAAAUUUGUAUCCAAAACUAUUGCUUUGUUAUUUCAACUGAUUUUUUCGCUUAAAAGCGGAUAAACUGGUUUUGGAAUUUAGUCUAUUCAUCUACACACAAAAUCGGCUUCCGCUGUUUCUAUUUUUUUUAGUUUUGACUUAAUCCUCGCUUUACAAGCUUGAACUAUUUUCCAAUUUUGUGAAUUAAAUUUGAUUUAGAAUGGAGCAAUCAACAUUCGAAUGGAUAAAUCAGCGAAUGGUCGCUUUUUACAUCAUUUUCUUCAAUAUCGUUGGGAAUUUCGGGAAUUUUCAUAUCAUCUACUUGACACUGACAAGGAAGGAGCUUCAAGGAAAAUCAGGUACUUUUUUUUCAAUAUUUUAUAGAGAAGAAUGGGGGAUAAUGGUUGCUAAAAGGGAGAGGCUCAAAAGAGGCAGCAAAAAGGCAGCAAAGAGAGUUCCCUUUCCGAGCCUUUUUGGGAUUUUAAAGGCUCAAGAAAUGGUGAAAAAAGGAGAGGCACCAAAAAUGGUGCAUAGCAGCCAAUGAAAUGGCGCAAAAAGGUAGCAAAAAAGGAACCUUUAUCUCCUUAAAAGGAAACUUUCUAUGGAACCUUUUUUUCACUCUUUCCGACUUUGCCUAUGUCACAAAACGUACUGUCCAGGAAGAGAAAAUAUUCCCCCAUUUUAGCCUAUCUCCAAUGCGCCAACUCAACCUACCACUUCUUCUGCCUGCUCUGCGAGUUGUUCAACGCCUACUUCCUAAUCUUCGGGAUACAACUUCGCCGUGAUCAGUGCUACCGGAUCCAAGGCGUCUACAUAUUUCUCGUCAGUAUGCAAACCGUCGCCAUGUUAAUGAUGCUGGUCGACAUUCUAACUCUAGUUCUCCUGCCUAUGCGGUAAAAAUCUUUGAAGUUAUACUGAAGGACUUAGUUUUUCAGGUACCGGACCAUUGAAACAGGUCCCUACGUUGUAAAAAUGUGUCUUCCCGGCUUUAUCUACGGCCUAUUUUUCGCCGUCUGGGGCUGGCUGAAUGUCGAUGAUGAAGUUCUAAUCUUCUGUAACCCACCGAUCGGUAAAUUUACCUAAUAUUGGGGCUUCUUGAUUUUCUUCUACCAUAAUAUAGCUGAUUAUUGCUCAAUUUAGCUCAUUUUGUAAUCAUGGUCGCGCUUAGAAUGGCCUGAUGUUUGCGCCCGACUUGAUACGACUUUCGCGCGAAGACCUCAAAAUCUGAGAAAGCUUCUGAAUGAAUAUUUUACUCCUAUUCAAACUAAAACGCUACCGCGACGCUUCGAGUUAUUCCAAAUGCGGACACGGCUUUUUAAGAGAUAAAAAAAGAUAAACAAAAAUUUUAAAAAUACGUGACUUCCAGUAUGUUUCAUUCCUAUUGACUAUGAAAGCUGUGGUCGCAUUUGGAAUGGGUCAAAGCAUUGAGGAAAGUUUUUUAAUGCUCAAAAAUGUCAUCGCGCGCAAGUCGUUUUAAGUCGGGAAGUCAUUAUGACUUUUCUACACUUAUCUGAGAUAAAAAGAAUGAGCUUCCAACAAUUCAAAAAAUAGCUUUUCAAAAAGACUUCGAGAUAGUCUACUGAUCCUCGAGUUGAAACUCAAAUCACCCUUAUUUGAAAAUUAUAAUUAUUAAUCUUUAAAAUUCCAGCAAUGGUCCCGGCUAUCAGUCACGCUUGGAUGCAGUGCAAUUUCGCCAUUAACUCGACUGUCCUCGGUCUUUUGAUCCUAGUGACGAUCCUAAUGUACUAUCGAGGUAGGGAUUUGAACGCUAGUUUAGGGAGAAUUACUUGUGAAACUUUUAAAACUUAUACUUCCGCUUUAAACUUCGCUUACCAGGUUAUAACCUCAUAGCUAGAAACGAAUGAACUUUCAAAAAUUCAAUCAACUUCCAGGAAAAGGACGCAAUGAAACCCAACGAGUUAUCCGUCGUCUCAAAGUGAUCACAGUGAUUUUCGUGUUCUCCUGGUACUCGGCCACUCUCGGACACAAUAUUAUCAACAACAUUUUCGAAGAGAGCACUCUUUCCGUUUUCCUCAACAGCAACAUGGUGAGAACUGGGAAAAACUUUAAGGCCACAGUAGGGUUUCGAAGUUUUAGUGGCCACUAUAGGGUUUUGACGUUUUAGUGGCCACUAUAGUAGUCAAAUUAGUGGCCACUUAAGGGGUUAAAAAUUAGUGGCCACUAUAGAGGUCUAAGUGCUACUACUAGACCACUAAACAUUUUAUUGGCCACUUUGGGGGUCAAUGGAUCAACAUAACUGGUCCAAUCUGUUUGUUUUAAAAUUAUCAGAGUUACUGCAAGGAAUACUGGAUGAAAAACUACUGAAGUGGUCCCUAAAUAGAGAACCUCUGGAGUGGCCACUUAAACGGAAAAUAGUGGCCACUAUAGAGGUGGGUUUAGUGGCCACUUCAGUGUCCUCUCCAAGUAGUCCUUGCCUCUAUAGUGACCACUAAAUCUUUCCCGGAAAUUCGCAAAUUCGAAAAACGAAGUUGAAAAAUUGCUCCGAGUGAAAAUUCAGUCAUUCCUGAGAAAACCCAAAAAACCACGAAAUCUUCCAGAUCUUUUUCGUGUUGAUCAUCUACUCGCAAGCCUUCUACGUGAUCAUGUGGCGUUCCAAGGAGUACCGUUCCGCCUUCGUUUCCAUGUACUCCACCAGUAUCCCCUACUUGCAAAAGUUCGCCCCAUCGACAAUCACCGUUACUGUCACCAACAGCGCUGUCCAACCUUCCCAACAAGAGGCGACAGCUUCGAAAAAAGUCAAAAAGGCUGCAGCCACUGUUGGAUAG